CUCUCUCUGGCUGGCACUCCUCCUCCCGACCAGCGUCCUGGCUGGCGGAGCUCAGCGCGGAGCCAGACUGAGCCCGAACAUCUCGGUUUUCUCUCGCGUCCAGAAACGUGCGCCGACCGGGGAACGAGUGGCGCCGCUCUCCGUACGCCCCCCCCCCCCACACACUCAGACAACACCUCAGUCCCGCCUCUUCACGGCGACACUGGCAGCUUCGGGCGAGGGAUAAAGACGCACUGAACAGAUCCAGCCACUGAAUGCUGAUUUUUGGACAGUCCCCUCUCUCCCUGUCUCCGACGGUACCUGUCCGAUGUCCUCUCCUUCCACAGUGUGAUGCGUCAUGGCUCCGGUGCUGAGUGGAGUGUGGUGGGGGCCGGAGGCGGGUGUCAUUGGGUCGGGGGCAGCAGCUGCUACUGGGGUGGCGUCGUGGCUGGGCAGUGAGCAGCUGGUCCUGGUCGUCACCCUCAGCACCCUCACUGCCCUGCUGCUGGUCUCUGUGCUGCUGCUGCUGUGUGCUAGCUGCCAGGGGCAGAAGAAAGCAGCCAAUGGACAUCCAGCAGGAGACCAUGACAACCUCAUGAAUGGAGUGUCAGAGAGAGAGACGAUCAGCCAAUCAGCAGACAGUCCAGCAACUGAUGUGGCCGUCAGCAGCUCUCACAAUGGUCCUCUAACCAGCGGUACAAUUCUCACAGACACACAGGAUACCAGUCCCCAGCUGUCAGAAGAGAUGCUUUCCAGCCAAUCAGAGCUCAGGUCCUCCAAGUGUCCUCAGGACCGCGAGCUUCCCAGCAUCCCUCCCAACAACACCCUUAUCAGGGACAGACCCCCGCCCUCAGGGGACAGCACCUAUGAGGUGGUGAAAGAGAUGGCAGUGGCGUCACGUGACGUCAGCGUCGAAGACUCCCUGUACGAGACGGUCAAGGAGCUCAAAGACGCCCCUGUGCAGCUUGGCCUCCCCAAUGGUACCAUCCAGCUGAGCCCCGACGAACCUCCCCAUCAUUCCCCUGCCCUCCUCAACGGCCACCUCAGCCCCUGCACACCUGAGCGGGGGCCCCUGUGCACGGGGGUGGAGUACGCUUCCAUCGACCUAAAUAAGAAGAGCCGUCACAGUGCCGACAUGGAGGCCAAAAGGCGUUCUGAUAAUGCCCCCAUGCCUUCUCACAAGCCUCUGGAGGAACCAGAGGAGGACUUACCCCCGCCAGUACCAGAGAAGGUUCUGGAUGAAAACGACAACCAGCCGCUGGUGAUGAAUGGGGUGGCGGGGGCUGGGCUGCACAAUGGAGAGGUGAGGAUGUUACACUCCCCUCUGUCUCCUGCACCAGGGUUCGACAACCACGUUCUGUCAGACAAUGAGUCAGCUGUGUACUCUACAGUCAACAAGACAAACUGUGACGAUGCUGUGAACGAGGAAGACAAAGAGCAUGACUACAGCAGCAUCGCAGAGAUCAAAGGUCUGGUCCCAGCCUCUUCCUCCAGUGACCUCUAUGCCACUGUCCGAGAUAUCUACCCCCAGCCCGACGAGCCCCAGCUGGGGGAAGACCCAAUCUUGGACGGCACAGAUCCCGGCUACGAAACCAUCCGCAUCCCAAAGACAAGUAGCUCAGAUGAUGACCACAGGGAGGGGCUGGGGGCAGAGGGGUCAGACACUGCCAAAGCAGAGCCUGACUAUGAGAGCGUCGGAGAGUUGGGUCUGGGCCGGGAAACAUCCCGCCUCUGAGUUUUUCCCCCUCAUUAUCUUCGUCUGUGGUGGUUUGGGAGAAGCUUCCUAUCGGACACAUCUUACAGACGCCACUGCAUUGCUUUGAACCUGCUACCAAGCAUGCUUUUGGUGCAUGACUUGGGGAAAACAGCAGAAAAUGGCUCACCAAACCACAUCCGUCAUCAAUGCAUGAGUGUCCUCUUUACAGCUUGGGUACGGUUUAUCAUAUCUGGACUUUUAAUUUAUCACCCAGGGUCAAUGUUGUUGGUACUGGUAGGCCUACUAGUAAAUGAACUGUAGUUCUUCAGUCUCUGGACAUUAACCAUGUGGAAGAUUGCACUUUGGAUCAUCAUCAAAUUCCUCUUUUUAAUCUCUGCUGACAUUGCAUAUAAUGAACACUUGAUUGUGAAAAAAUAUCAAAUAAAUAUUAAAUAUUCUAUCUAAACACACAUGCAGGAUUUCAAGGGUUAGCUAAGGACACUAUCUGUGCCUGUGAUACACAAAAGAUAUCAAGAAUUCAGUGCCAUGUACUCAUGAAAUUCAUGCACUUACUGUACAUAUGAAGGUAACAUUAUUUGUAUGCCCCAUCUGCAGCUGCUAGGGACUUUCUAGCUUCUUCCAGGUGACUCAGUGUCAUGUUUUAUUGAGGUCUCACAGCGUAUUUCUAGGCUAUUCCUUGUCAGGUUGGCAGCACCUCCACCGUGCGCUCUCGGCUUGAGAUCCCUAUGAAUGGGAUCUUGGCAUGGAGAGCAAAAACCAGUCUUCUCUGUGACCAAAUAAUUAGUCAAGACAAACAUUGCAUUUGAUAGAUUGUGCCAUCAAAUAUAAAUGAGGACUCUCUGACUGCUACAUACAUGUUCUUAUGCUGAGACUGUUCACUGCAAAGGUGUGGGUUCGACAUGUUACAGGUCAGGGGAUAUGAAAAACUAGUUUAGUUUAUUAGUUUAUUUGACAGGGACCAUGCACAACAUCUGCAGAACCAAAAUGGAAACAAGAGCUUAGGGAAGGAAGUCAAUUUCAUGUGAGUUUGCCGGUUUCACAAUACAUUUUAAUGGAUUUUUAGACGUUUUACAGUCAAUGUCAACAUUUUUUUUGUGAAAUUCAUAUUUAUUUGAAGAUGCAUAUUGUUGUGUAAUUGUGAAAUUUUGCAAAGUAUGUCUGUGAGAGAAAAGUAAAUAGGCUUUUAUAGAACUUUCUAGCAUUUUUAUUGAGAUACUACAUGAAGGUGAGAUGUGGGAUAAUGACAGUUGUAAAGGUACACUUUCCCUGGACUUUUUAAAGGAUAAUUGUUUAAAAAAUUAUGUCUGAUGAGACCAUAUUUUCUUUUUUUUUGUCAUUUUGCACAGGGAUCAAAACAUUCAAAGACUGGUAAUGUGAUAAAAUGACACAACAAACUUGUAUUAUUAAUGUAAAUGUUAUUGAUCAAAUGUAUUUUUUAGUUGUCAGCUUUUUGAGCCUACAGUUGGUACAGUAUACAGUCUUCAGUUGGCAUCCUAGAUUAUUUUAAAGCACAAGGUUUAAUAUUAUGGUACUGCAUUUAUCAAAAGCAUCAUUACAAAUCAGUUACAUCUCUGCACAACUUGAAUAUCUAAUGCUUUUCGACUCACUAGUAGCCCUCUGAAAAAAACAUAUGUGUCUGUUUGUAGCUUGUACUGACGACAUGCCAACCAAGGCUUGUAUAUAGUUAGAGCACUAUUUUAACCAUUACUCGCUGGAAGUUUUAUGUAAGCUUUUACUUAUUUGUACAAUGUUCAGAGUGAUAUAAUUUUAGUAUAAGUCUGUUAAGAGCACUGAUUAUACUGUAUGUAUGACUUGUUUUGAGGAAAACCGAAACCCUGUUGCCCAAUGGCUUUUUGCUGUGUAAUGUAACUCGGAGUUGUCAAAUUGCCUUUGAGUUCUGAGAAGUAGUAACCAAUCACAUGUCAGAAAUAUGGUACAAUGUUUUGGUACGUGCAUUUUAAGAAACAGUAAAUGUGGUACUUUAAUUUAAAAAAAAACUGAAUUACAUCUUAAUGCUAUUGUUGGGUGUUUAUUUUCAAAUUAACAGGGCCAGUUUUUUUUUGCUGUAAAUGUAUCUUUCACUGCAGUCUCUCCCCACUUUUGCAGAAAAAUAGGUGUCAUCUGCUUCCACCCACAUCAAAAUAUUACAGUAUCACAGUAUUACAGUAUCUCCAGCCUUAGCUCAUGUUCUAUUAGAAAUACAGGAGCUUGUUGGUGGUGGUUCAGACAAACAGAGGCAGCCCUUGCUGAAUGGUAUUAGAUUCAUAAAUGACAUCGGAUAUUAGAAACGCUGUUACAUCUCCCAGCAGAACUACCAUCAAAGAGGAUUUUAAAUGCGAUCCACUCCUAGUAUUUUUAAGUGACGCCCUCAAAAAAAUGAUGUUCAUUGUCUGUGACAAGGUAAUUGUCAGUGUUAUUUACACUGCCAAAAAAAUACAUGACCCUUUGAGUACAUUGUUCCUCUACCAAGUGACGUGGUUGUGUAUCAAGGGUGGUGCCAUCAUUUAGAUAUAAUGGUGUUCACAGAAUACUAUAAAUGACCUCUAAGGAA